AUGAAGGCUGCGAUGUCGCUGAUGGGAAGCCAAGGCAUUAUUUCGGCCACCGAGGUCCUCCUCAUGGCUGCCGUCUUCUGCCUGGUCUUCUUGCUCAUCCAGUCCCUCCAGCAGCACAUGCCCAAGGGGCUGAAGCGCCCCCCAGGACCCAGAGGCUACCCCAUCCUUGGCAAUGUGCUGGAGCUGAGGAAGGACCCACACCUGGUCCUGACCAGGCUGAGCCAGAAGUACGGGGAUGUGAUGGAGGUCAGGAUCGGCACCCGGACCGUCCUGGUGCUGAGUGGGUUGGACACCAUCAAGCAAGCCCUGGUGAAGCAAGGAGAAGACUUCAUGGGGCGCCCUGACCUGUACAGCUUCCAGUACAUUUCAAAUGGCCAGAGCCUGGCCUUCAGCCCUGACUCCGGGGAGGUGUGGAAAGCCCGCAGAAAGCUGGCCCAGAAUGCCCUGAAGACCUUCUCCAUUGCUCCCAGCCCCACCUCCUCUUCCACCUGCCUCCUGGAGGAGCACGUCUCCAAGGAGGCUGAGUACCUGGUCACCAAGUUCCUGCAGCUGAUGGAGGAGGAGAAGAGCUUUGACCCUUACCGGUACCUGGUGGUGUCUGUGGCCAAUGUCAUCUGUGCCAUCUGCUUCGGCAAGCGUUACGACCACAAUGACCAAGAGCUGCUCAAUAUA